AGGUUGAGUUUGAGGAAAUGGAGCGACAUCCAGUCAGACCAGAGACUGCAGACACAGUACAGGAGAUGACCAGAGACUGCGGACACAGUGCAGGAGAUGACCAGAGACUGCAGACACAGUACAGGAGAUGACCAGAGACUGCGGACACAGUACAGGAGAUGACCAGAGACUGCGGACACAGUACAGGAGAUGACCAGAGACUGCGGACACAGUACAGGAGAUGACCAGAGACUGCGGACACAGUACAGGGG